AAGAGCUCUCAAAAUGAAAACCCUAAACCCUAGCGCGCCCUUUCGCUCUCCUCCGAGCUCCAUAGCCGGAGCUCUUCCCCUCCUUAGCAAUGCCCGCCACCACCCUCCCCGUCCCCCAGAUCAAGCGUCGGCGUCGCUGGACUUCGACCAGGACACCGUCCUCGCCACCCUCGCCUCCUACUCCGAUGACUGGCCGCGCGCCGUCGAUUUCUUCCGUUGGGUCUCGUCCCGCUUUAUCCACACUCCGGCCACCCAUUCUCUUCUCAUCUCCAUUCUAGGUAAGCACUUCGAGUUCACUCUCGCAUGGUCUCACAUCAUCUCCAUCAACCCCUCCCCGGAUCGCUCCGUCCUCCGCUCCCAUUUUAACCGCCUCGCCGCCGCACACCUCGUUCAAGACGCGCUUGAUGCUUUCCGGCGCUCUGCUGACUUUGGCCUCUAUGACGCCGCUACCUUCAGCCUCCUCAUUGACGCCCUCUGCGACCAUCGGCACGUCAUUGAAGCGGCUGACCUCUGCAAGAACCCUCCUUUCCCGAUCGAUACUAAGAUCUACAACAUGCUUCUUCGGGGCUGGCUCCGGAUGGGGUGGUGGGGACGUUGCCGCGAGUUCUGGGAGGAGAUGGAUCAAAAGGGAGUCGCCAAGGACCUUCACUCCUACUCCAUCUACAUGGACAUCCUCUCCAAGUCUGGCAAGCCGUGGAAAGCCAUCAAGGUCUAUAAGGAGAUGAGGAGUAGGAACAUUGCUCUCGAUGUUGUCGCUUACAACACUGUUAUCCAGGCAGUAGGGAAGUCAGAUGGUGUUGAUCGAGCGAUAACGCUGUACAAAGAGAUGAUUGAAAGGGGUUGUGAGCCAAAUGUAGUGACUUUCAAUACAAUUAUUAAGCUCUUGUGCGGGGAUGGGAGGAUUAAUGAGGGAUAUGCUUUUUUUGAACAGAUGAGGAAGAAGGGAUGUGAUCCCAAUGUGAUUACAUACCACUGUUUCUUUCGGAACCUUAAUAGGCCUAAGGAGAUCCUCUGGUUGUUUGAUAGGAUGGUUAAUACUGGAUGCCGGCCAAGGAUGGACACUUAUGUGAUGCUGAUGAACAAGUUUGGGAGGUGGGGGUUUCUUAGGCCAGUAUUACUUGUUUGGAAGGCAAUGGAGGAGCAUGGGUGUAGCCCGGAUGCAUUUGCUUAUAAUGCGUUGAUUGAUGCUCUGUUACAGAAGGGGAUGGUUGAUAUAGCGAGGAAGUAUGAUGAGGAGAUGUUGGCCAAGGGAUUAUCUCCAAAACCGCGGAAGGAAUUGGGUACUGGCGGUUUCAGUGCAAGGUCUUCUGCUGAUAUUGUUUCUGAUGAUCAUAAUGCAUUGAGUAAUGUCUUCUAGGGAUGAAAAGUACAAGAUUUUAAGUGACUUAUAAUGUUAUUUGAAUCUUGGAAGUGCUGUGGAGUCAGGACAUGUUGGGGACAUUUGAAAAGAUACAGCCUUUGGGGCUUCAGUCACACUGUUGGCCUUGAGAUUGAUUUAGUUGGGUCUUGGCACUCAAGAUGGGAUUCACAUUCACUUCAAGCUUCCAAUCCUUGCCUCUGGGCUUUAUAAAUAGUAAAUGUGGAAGCACACCUGAGAUGAACAAACAGAGUUUCAUUCCAAUUUUUGAAAGCAGGGAUGCUGACUUUGCACCAGAUUUUGAAUGUGUUAUCUUAAAUUGAGGAUGGGUGAUAUCUGCGUCUGUGCUUCUAUAUUGUAAUAGUAUUGUGCCAUAUUAUGUCAACCAUGCAGCUCGAUCCCCUUAUCUUUCUGCCAUGAAUUGGCACACAUAAAUAGGGAUUCUCAUGGUAUAUUCAGUUCAAAUGUGUUCAAAAUUGCAUAAAAAGUUCCUAAUAGUUGCAUUUGAUACCUGCUGUCUGCUUGUGAGUUAUCUAGCAUUGAUUUUCAUAGAUUGGUUUCAUUUUAGAUAUCUUUUACUUCUGUUACAAUCUGAUUUUCAGCUUCAGUUUGUAGACCUUAGAUCUAAUUUAUUUAUUAAUGGAGCACCAAUGGGAUAAUCAUCUGCCAACAGUUGUGUACACUUCAGGAAGUUCAAUGAUAC